AUGCAGUGUUGCCUAGGGAUUCAUGGUAUCCUCCUCUGUUUCCUGGGCACACUUAGAAUCCUUUGCAUAGACGCCUGGGUUGGGAGUACAACGGUACUACUACGUUCUUUACUUAUCGAUGAAUCUCUGGGUAGAGGACUAGCAGCAUUGUUAAGGCAUACUUCAACGAUAAUGCAUAUGCUUAAGCAUAUCGGUGAUGAAGUGAAAAAUUCAAACACUUCACAAUUGCAGAAACAAACUGUCAGUGAAAUUGAAUUAUUGAUUUCACUGAUUGAAGAUCCAGUAUUUCAUGAUAUAAUUGUUAUUUUUGAUUCAUUAAAUGAUUUAAACAAUCAAAUUCUACAGCAUCCCUCAAUUUUACCCGGUGAUUUUAUAAUCAAUUCAGCUGGUCAGUUAGAAGUAUCAAUUCCAAAUUCAACAAAGUCAACUGUAAACGAU